AAUGACGACAACGUGCAAAUCUGCUAUUCAGGGACUUUUCGAUUGCUCAGUAACAGAAGUCAUUGGUACGUGAAUUCUCCGUGUCCGUGACUCUUCCAGUCGUGACUGUUAGUGCGUGAUACGCGUGACACAUGAGAACGAGACAUGAGGAAGUGAACAACGCGUAAAACUUUCCGAGAAUUCCGAGCGUAGAAACAUGGAGUUAAAAGAGAUGAUUGUACUAUCGCUUUCUCUGAUUACCUUAGUCCAAGGUUUCAGAGCUGACCAAUGCGAUCCAAAGCCAAUGAUAAUCAGACAUGAAGGAAAAAAAGCCUGCGUUUACCUCGACACAAAGGGCAUCAAAACCAUAGGCGUGGGUUACAACAUGCAAAACAAGGAAGCCCCAGAAGUGUUUGACUCCAUUGGAGCUGACUACAACAAGUUUGAGAACGGUCCUGUGACAAGGUGGAAUGUUCCUUGCAAUUGUUCCUCCGUUCCUUGCCUUACCGAAGAGCAGAUCGAAGAAUUGCUGGAUAUCAGCUUGAAGACAGCCAUCGCAGAUGCCCAGAAAGUGAUUGCAACCUUCGACGGUCUCUGCUGCUCCGUACAAAAUGUGAUGGUCGACAUGUCGUUCACACUUGGUGGGCCAGGAUUUUCUCAGUUCACAACGUUUGCAAACCUCGUGGCCAGGCAAUACUGGAAGGCGGCAGGCGAUGAUUUGACCGUGUCUCUUUGGUGCAAACAAGCAACUGCUCGGUGUAUGGAAGACGCAAAUUACGUUCGUGCAGGAUGCGGUUGUUCCCAGCCUUAUCCUCAAGCUUGUGACCCUCAGGCAUCAGCCUGUUGUGGCAGUAAAGAACAGCAGACUUGUUGCAAAGGUACCUUGACCUUUAAAGGAAAAACCUUUGAAGAGCAAUUAUGCUGUCCCCAUCCGAGCGCUACUUGUUGCCAACACAACAGAUGCUGCACGAAGGCUAUGUACACGGUCUGCUGCCCACCUCCGCCCGCGGUGCCUACCUACUGUUGUACUGCGGACUUCCCAGUGUGUAAAGAUGGACAGUGUUAUAGAGCACGUGAUGGGCAUGUGAUUGAAGGAGAGCCUGCUGCUCGAGCGCUUCCGUUAGCGUGAACAGAAAACUUAUUUUUUUUUGUUUGUUGGUUUGUUUGUAUCUAGAUUCCUUUCUUUUUUCAUGAAAAGUGACCAUGACAAAAUUUAAAUAUAUUUCGGGCAGUGGGUAAAAAUUGGAGCAAGUUCUAGCCAUUAUCUUGUGUUAUAUCGAUAAAAUAACGUUUUUGAAAGAUACAGCACUUUUAGAAAGCGUCCGUGCGAUGUGAUUAGGGACUGAAAAGUAAUUUUUCGAUUUAAGCUGAGAAAUAUGAUGUGAUAUCGAUCAAGGAAGGACAGCUGAGAAAAUAACAAACGAGAGGGAGUUAAGAAACAAUAGCUAACCAAUGAAUGUAACAUGAAGGGUUUUGUCAUGGUAAUAGGCUAAAUUUGCACAAUAAACGCACCAUUUUUGUUGUUAAA